UAAAUUGUUUGAAAUAUAUGUAUAUUAAAAUUAAUUAUAAUAUGAAUAAUUCGGCGCAUUUGUUGUGAAUAGUGUAUAACUUAAAUAAUCUACAAAUCAUUAAGUUGGAAAAAUAUUGGCAGCUUUUGUCGCGCUCUGUUACGAUUUCGGUUCGAUUUUCUCUCGGACGAGUUCGUGUGCGUGAGUGCAUCAGUACAAUUCGUCGUGAUUUUUCGCAGCUCGUUGCAAUGAUCAUGGAUUGAUUUAUUUAUUGUACAAAAAAUUGUUCUAGUUGAUAUGCAUUUUUUGAACUAAAAAAACCUUCUGUGUAUUUGACGCAUUUUUAUAUACGUAAAGUUCUUUGAGAUGGGGUAAUUAAGUGUAUAAAUCGUAUUUAAAUAUGCUACAACUCGUUGAUUUACUGCUCAUACGAUUCGGACGCGGAGUCGUUUGAUGUACAUUUAAAUAUCGUUGGAAUUUUUAUUAAUGCAAAAAAGGCGCAAAAAACAUAUACUCAAAGAAAACAAUGUUUGAUUUGAAAGAUGUUGAUGGUGAUAAUCGUCGGCGAUUAAAAAUGAUGAUUGAACCAUCAAUGCAAACGCAGGAAAGUGUCAAGUGCCAAUAAACAAACGAAUGAGAAUGUACGUAAAUUGAACUGAAAAUAUGUUCACCUAAAAUUUGUUUCUCUAACUAUAAACAAACAAAAAAAAAAAAAAACAAAUCAUCUUAAACGAGAACGGUUGGAAGUAUACCAAAAUAAUAGGAAAUAAGCCGAAACUUUCAGGCCUUCCUCUGCGAUUUCUAACACAAAAUGCACUCAAUCGUGACCGGAAAAAACGAUUUAACACAGUUGGAACAUUUCAUAAUUAAACGAAAGCGAUUUCAAAGAGUGCUAAAGAAUCUAAUCAGGCUGCAGAAACAAAGCCGAAGUAAACAACGUGUCCAGACCUGGGAAAUUUUAACAUUCUCCCAUAAUGUCAUUUCAACAGCAAGGCAAAUGAGUGCAACAGUGUCGAGUGGUAGUGUUUUGAAAAUUAAACCAUUUGCGGGAGAGACAUUUGCCCUCCUACUAAAUGCAGCGAUACUUUCGACUUUUGUAAAAUCUCGUCUACUUUCGUCGUUAUUAACAUUUUUAAAAUAAACUUUUGUUUUUGCCUUCGCAAAAAUUUGUAACUAUUUCAACAACAAGUUGAUCCAUCUGAACAUCAAGUGAAAAGGUGCGUAAAGUAAAACGCGUAUACGGCUACUAAAUACCAAAAUAUAGAACAAAACAACGAUUUCUGAAUGAUGGCAGAUCAUAUGGACGAACCCCCGCAAAAGCGGACCAAAAUGGAUCCAACGGAUUACGUUUCCGUUUUAGAAGAUGAUCUGCCAGAUGAGUUGGUAACUGGUAACAGCAAUUGGCCAGAUCCCCUUAGUAGUGGUGGUGGACCAGGAGGACCAGGUUCUGGCCUCGGGGUUAAUGUGGUCGGUGGUCCCAAUAAGCCACCUGCACAAGGCCCCGGACCAGGUGGGCCACAAAUGAAUGGUGGCGGCGAUGAUGCCACAGGCGUGGGCGGCAAUCAAGUCGGUGGUAGCAAUCCUUUACGGCAGAUGCAACACCAUCAACAUCUGCAGCAGCUAUUGCAACAACAAGGUAAUAAGAAUACCGGAAUGAUAGGUAACCCUAUGAGUGGAGCUAGUAUGAACCAAUUAGGAAGCAAAUCGCCUAAUCUGCAAUCACCAAACGCAGCUGGUUUGCAAGUAGUUGGUGGUCAAAUGGGUAUGGUCAAUUCAAUGUCGAUGUCUAUUUCAAAUAACGGCACUCAAGGAAUGAGCACAAUGCCUGGUAUGAAUACGAUUGCCCAGGGUAAUAUUGGAGGCAUGGUGAUCACCAAUAGCAAUUUGGGUAGCCUGGGUGGCAAUGCUGGAAUGGUAAAUACAUUAAAACAACAAAUAGGCGCCGGUGCUGGUGGUAUGAUGAGUGCUGGGCCAACCGGAGUUGGACCCGUAGGAAAUAUGGGACCUGUUGGUGGUCCAAAUCAAGGAAUGCAUUUAGGUGGUGGUCCUGGCCAUCCUCAAGGUCUACAGAAUGGUCCAAUGAUGGGCAGAAUGGUGGGACAACAUAUGCUGCGUGGUCCCGGCCCACAUUUAAUGGCUGGCAAUGGGCCUGGUGUUGGACCAGGCGGAGGUCCUCGAAUGCAGAAUCCAAAUAUACAAAUGGCUCAACGAUCAGAUGUGCUGAACGGUAAUCUUACGUACGGUGGCCCUGGUCAAAUGGCUAAUAUGGUUGGCGCUAAUGUUGCAGUCGGACCAAAUGGACCAUAUGGAAAUGCGGUAGGCGGUGUUGGGAACUAUGGCGGACCAGGUGGGCCACAGGGCGGAAUCAACGUGAAUCCAAAUAACCCACAACAACUAUUGGCACAACAAAUGGCACAACGUGGCAAUGUUCAUCCUAUGCAACAGGGUAACCGACCUGGUGUACCCAUGGGAAUGGCUGGAGUGGGUAAUGAUGGUACACCUGGCGGUAUGGUUGGCGGUCCUCAACAGCAGCAACAACAACAAAUGGGUCCAAAUCAACAGCAGAAUGCGCAAGGUGGACUUAUGGGUGGUGCGACAAUGGGACCACGACCGCCGCAACCUGGUGGAGGCCCACAACAAAAUCAAAUACUUCAUCAACAACAGCAGCAACAACCGGGCACAUCACAACAAACUGGUGCAGCUGGUGGAAGUGGCGGUGGUGGUGCAGGAGGGGGUUCUAGUGCUAGCGGCCAUCUCUCUGAAGAACGUAAGAAGCACAUACAGCAACAGCUGGUGCUUCUUUUACAUGCACACAAGUGUAAUAAGCGCGAGUCCCUCAAUCCAAAUCGCGAAAAAUGCCCAGUUCCCUAUUGUAAAUCUAUGCAGGAUGUUCUGGCGCAUAUGGCGAACUGCAAACAAAGUAAAGAAUGUAGCGUUCAACACUGUACCUCGUCUCGUCAAAUUCUGUUACAUUACAAGACCUGUACUCGUUCAGAAUGUCUAAUUUGCUUGCCCUUCCGGCAACAACAGAGUUUUCAUAACAACGCGAUCGGGGCUAAUGCAAAUUCAAACGUAAACCAGCCUUUGCAAGGUAUUGUUAAGCAGCAACAACAGCAGCAGCCGGACGGAAAUACCGUUGGUAGUGGGGGGCCGCAGAAUUCUGGAAUGCCACAGCAAAAUUCUGGUGGACCGAAUAUUGUCACCGGACCGGGCGGUCAAACGGGUAUGGCAGGCGGUCCAAAUCAGCAACAACUUGGCAUAAAGACAAACGCUGACAUUGCACAACAAAUGCAACAACAGAAUGCACAAAAUCCGAAUCAGGAGAUUCGACGAUUCGACAGUUUGGGUAUGCAAGGUGCAGUCUCCAAUUCGGGACCAGGCCCUAAUAUGCUGCAAAAUAGUGCCGUAAAUGCACAGCAACAGUUGCAAGGCAUUCGUAUGCCGGGAGGCGGCCCGGCUGUACGAGUUAUGUCUGCACCAGUCGGCGGUCCCGGUGGUGGCGUAGUAGCUGGUGGCCCGAACGCAAAUACAAUUAUGGGAAACAACAUGAUGCUUGGCGGAGCAGGAGGCCCAGAUAAUGGCAUGCAACAGCAAACACAAAGUGCUCAACAACAGCAAGUACUUUUGCAGGGCGGUCAUAAUAAUAAUCCACAGUUGGCAGGUUUAAUCGGCGGCCCGAACGCCAACAAUGCCGGUCCGAAUCAACAAAAUACGGGCCAGCAGCAACAAUCAAACAUUCCACUCUCGGUGAGCGUUCACAACUUUAAUAACACUUCCGCGUUCAACAAUGCACAAUUGGCUAGCGGUGGUGGUGGCGCCGGCAAUGCAGCAGAAAUGGUUGGCGCCGGCGGUAAUGGGCCUCCACCCAACAAACAGUUAGUAGGUGCUCAAGAAUUGGCCAAAAUGAAAUUACAGUCACAUAAUGUAGCGAUGGCCAAUGCAACGGCUAUAAGCGGAGUGGCAGGUGGACCUGUUGGUGUGGUAGGCGGUAACAACAAUGCAAGUGGUCCUGGAGUUGGUCCAGGUACUGGCGGCGGCGCUGGUGGCAUGGUAGGUGUCCAAGGCCCCCCCGGUAAUAAUGCACCCGGCGGUGGUGCUACAUCAUCGCAAGGUGGCAAUGGAGGCGGAAAUAAUAAUGCUGGUAACGAAGAAAGAGACUGGCGUGAAUCGGUGACGGCCGACCUGCGCAAACAUCUUGUCCACAAACUUGUGCAAGCAAUUUUCCCCACGUCAGAUCCGACGACCAUGGCGGAUAAACGCAUGGCGAAUCUAGUUUCAUACGCUGAAAAAGUUGAGAAAGACAUGUACGAAGCCGCAAAGUCCCGUUCGGAGUAUUAUCACCUACUUGCCGAAAAGAUCUACAAGAUUCAAAAGGAGUUGGAAGAAAAACGCAUCAAAAGAAAAGAGCAGCAAUUGUUAAUAAUGCAACAGCAGCAGCAAGGGACCGGUGGUGCAGGAGCUGGCCCCGGACCAGGACCAAGUAAUACUGUACCAGUUGGUCAACAACUGCCGCCUGGACAUCCGCAAGCACAGCAAACCCAGAUCCGCCCAAUGAUCAGUCCUAUGGGCGGUAGUGGAGGGCAGGGUGUGCCUUUGGGCGCUGCUGGUAUGAUGCAGCAACAACUUAGAGCACAGGUACCCGGCAAUGUUGGUAUGAUGCCAGGACAGGCUGGACAAAAUAUGGUAGGAAUACGCAGUCACUCACCUGGGGGCAACUUGUUGGCCUUGCAUCAGCAGCAACAACGCAUGCAAUUUCCACAACAGCAGCAAGGAAAUUUACUGGUCGGCCCGCCGGGACCCAGUCCAAAUAGUGGCAUGGGUGUAAUGCCAAAUGCCACACAGCAGAAUAUGGUUGUGCAAAAUCCAGUUUUAUCGCCUUUCGGUGUUCAAGCAAUGCAACCUGGUCAGUCAGGAGCUGGUGGCGUUGCCAAUGUAUUGACGAGCCCUGUUCCCGGUCAACAACAGUUCAUUACCGCGAACGGAGGCAAUGGUUCACAACCACCGCAGCAGCUUACAGAAAUUAUGAAGCAACGGCUCUUGCAACAACAGCAGCAGCAGCAACAGCAAGCACAACAGCAGCAGCAACAGCAAUCUGGUAUGUUAUUGCCACAAUCACCAUUUAAUAAUGCUGCGGCACAAAUGCAGCAACAACAACAACAGCAGCAACAGCAAAAUCCGUUCCCGUCACCAAUGUCGCAGCAACAGCAGCAGCAGCAGCAACAACAACAACAGGCGAAACAAAAUGUCGGUUCUGUGGGUAAUAUGCCGCCAACACCUACUAGUCUAGAGUCGCUAGUCGGUACGGGUUCAGUAGGGAUAAACACCACACCUGGAGGUCCUACAACAGGUGGCAUGGUUGCCGCACCCAGUCCGUCGCCUAAUUUCGUAUCGAAUGGCCCAAUUGGUACGCCUUCCAAUAAUCCUCCAUCCGUAACAUCACUUAUGCAGCCACUGAGUGAGCGAGCAAGCAGUACACCGCCCAUCCUGGCGGCAUCACCAGCAUCGGCAGCAUCUGGAACCUCGGUGUCGGUGAAUGUUAGUGCAUCAUCGAGUGCUGUAAGUGCGUUAAUGAGUGGCACAUCUACAACAUCAACUGCAGGCUCCUCCAGCACUCCCACGUCUGCAUCGGCACCUCUGAAUGUCGUCAACACAAGCAGUAAUGGACCGACACUGAUACAGCAGCAACAGCAACAAAUAUCGAUGGGUAAAGGAGGUAACAGCAAUAGCAACAGUAGUGUCAGUGCAGUAGCCACAACUACCUCGAAAUCGACUGUGAUGAGCUCACGUCCUUCGUCCAGCAGUAAUCUCUCAUCACAAAUGGCCGCAUUGGAAGCAGCGGCGCGUGAUAACGAUGAAACGCCGCCAUCGCCUAGUGCUGAUUCUGGUGGUGAGAGCGGUAACGCUUCAAAAGGCAAGCUAGAUUCUAUUAAGCAAGAAGAUGAUAUCAAAAAAGAGUAUAUGGAAGAUGGAAGUGGUGGAGCUGGAGAGAGUUCCCAAAUGGACUCACAAUCAUCGGCUGGUGUGGGUAAAAAUGUAAAUAAUGAUGGCACGAAUGUGAAGGUUGAAAUCAAGACUGAAGAUGGUGAUGUUGUAAUAAAAACGGAACCAAUGGAUACCGAUGACAACAACGGUGCAAAUGGUGUAGGUGGAAGUGGAAACACUAAUGCUGCUGAUAGUAAGGACGACGCAAAGACAUCUGAUGGCGAAGUUAAAGUAAAGUUAGAAACAAAACCAGUGGUACCCGAGCCAUUGAUGCCCAACGCUGGCGACAAAAAGAAAAAAUGUGUGUUCAAUCCCGAAGAGUUGAAACAGGCGCUAUUACCAACAUUAGAUAAGUUGAUACGCCAUGAACCAGAAUCAGCACCGUUCCGUUGUCCUGUGGAUCCACAAAUGCUCGGCAUACCAGACUAUUUUGAUAUUGUAAAGAAACCUAUGGACUUGGGUACCAUACGCAAUAAUCUCAUGAAUGGCAAAUAUAAUGAUCCCUGGGAGUAUGUCGACGAUGUGUGGCUAAUGUUUGACAAUGCUUGGCUCUAUAACAGGAAGACUUCACGUGUCUACCGAUACUGCACAAAGUUAUCCGAAGUUUUUGAGCAAGAAAUUGACCCAGUGAUGCAAGCUUUAGGCUACUGCUGCGGCCGUAAAUACACAUUCAACCCACAGGUGCUAUGUUGCUAUGGAAAACAGCUUUGUACAAUACCACGUGAUGCCAAGUAUUACAGCUACCAAAAUAGUCUAAAGGAUUAUGGUGUUGCCUCAAACAGAUACACUUUCUGCCAAAAAUGCUUCAACGACAUUCAAGGAGACACCGUUACUCUGGGCGAUGAUCCACAGCAGUCGCAAACUCAAAUUCGCAAGGACCAAUUCAGAGAGAUGAAAAAUGAUCAUCUAGAGUUGGAGCCGUUUGUUGAUUGCCAGGAAUGCGGUCGCAAGCAACAUCAAAUUUGCGUGCUCUGGCUAGAUACCAUUUGGCCGGGUGGUUUCGUUUGUGAUAAUUGUCUUAAGAAAAAGAAUUCCAAACGGAAGGAGAACAAAUUCAAUGCGAAGCGUUUGCCCACUACAAAACUUGGAAUUUACAUUGAAACACGUGUGAAUAACUUUUUGAAGAAGAAAGAGGCAGGCGCUGGUGAGGUUCACAUCCGUGUUGUGUCUUCGUCAGACAAAUGUGUUGAAGUAAAACCGGGCAUGCGACGACGAUUCGUCGAUAAUGGUGAAAUGUCUUCAGAGUUUCCGUAUCGUGCGAAAGCGUUAUUCGCCUUUGAGGAGGUGGAUGGCGUCGAUGUAUGCUUCUUUGGUAUGCACGUACAAGAAUAUGGCUCAGAAUGCCCACAACCGAAUACGCGGCGUGUGUAUAUCGCCUACUUGGAUUCGGUACACUUCUUUAGACCGCGCCAAUAUCGUACUGCAGUGUAUCAUGAAAUACUGCUGGGUUAUAUGGAUUAUGUGAAGCAGUUGGGCUACACAAUGGCGCAUAUUUGGGCGUGCCCACCAUCCGAAGGCGACGAUUACAUCUUUCAUUGCCAUCCGACAGACCAGAAAAUACCAAAGCCGAAGCGCUUACAAGAAUGGUACAAGAAGAUGUUGGACAAGGGCAUGAUUGAGCGUACCAUACAGGAUUACAAGGAUAUCUUGAAGCAGGCAAUGGAAGACAAAUUAACUUCAGCGGCAGAGCUGCCUUAUUUUGAAGGUGAUUUCUGGCCCAAUGUGUUGGAAGAAAGUAUCAAAGAGUUGGAUCAGGAGGAAGAGGAGAAAAGGAAACAAGCCGAGGCAGCAGAAGCUGCUGCAGCAGCCAAUAUAUUCUCCAUUGAAGAUAAUGAAGUAAGCGGUGAUGGCAAGAAAAAGGGCCAAAAGAAAGCUAAAAAGUCGAAUAAAUCUAAAGCUGCACAGCGCAAAAACAACAAGAAAACCAAUGAACAACAGACAGGCAACGACCUCUCCGCCAAGAUCUAUGCCACAAUGGAGAAGCACAAGGAGGUGUUCUUUGUGAUACGUCUGCAUUCAGCGCAGUCAGCUGCAAGCUUGGCGCCCAUACAAGAUCCAGAUCCAUUGCUAGCCUGCGAUCUGAUGGAUGGCCGUGAUGCAUUCCUAACACUGGCGAGAGAUAAACACUACGAAUUUUCAUCGCUUCGACGCGCGCAAUUCUCAACACUCUGCAUGCUGUACGAAUUGCACAACCAAGGCCAAGACAAGUUUGUCUACACGUGCAACAAUUGUAAAACAGCAGUGGAAACACGAUACCACUGCACCGUUUGUGAUGAUUUUGAUCUCUGCUCGGUGUGCAAGGAGAAAGUCGGGCAUCCGCAUAAGAUGGAGAAACUCGGGCUGGACAUUGAUGAUGGCUCAUCGCCAGCUGAUCUCAAGCAAGCUAAUCCUCAAGAAGCACGCAAGCAAUCCAUACAGCGCUGCAUUCAGUCACUGGUUCAUGCGUGCCAAUGUCGUGACGCCAAUUGCCGUUUACCUUCGUGCCAGAAGAUGAAACGCGUCGUGCAGCACACAAAGAACUGCAAGCGAAAAACCAAUGGUGGCUGCCCAAUUUGCAAACAACUCAUUGCGCUCUGCUGCUACCACGCCAAGCACUGCCAGGAACAGAAAUGCCCAGUGCCUUUCUGUCCAAACAUCAAACAUAAGCUCAAACAACAACAACUACAGCAAAAAUUGCAACAGCAACAACUAUUGCGCCGUCGUAUGGCGCUUAUGACUCGUACCGUUACCACACCUGCAGCACUAACUGGUGGACCUGGCGUUGCAACUAGCCAGGUUGUAGGGCCGAGCGGAGUUGUCGGACCUGGUGCUGUUGGAGUGGGUGUGGGCGGUGGCGUUAAUGUUGGUGUUGGUAUGCAAGGCGUUGGCGUGGCUCAACCGAAUAUGCCUGGUCAACCAGCUUUGAUGGCAGCAACCGGCGCAGGCGGAAUGAGUCCUUCUACAGUAGCAGUACCUUCACCUGUGUCGGCACCUAUGGGAGGCAUGACUUCACCGCAUCCGCAUCAACCUGGUAUUGGUAUGAAACCAGGCGGUGGUCAUUCACCUUCACCCAAUGUUUUACAGGUGGUUAAACAGGUCCAAGAGGAAGCAGCACGCCAACAAGGCGGCCCAAUGCCGCCUCCCGUAAUGCAACGUCACAUAGGAGGAAUGCCAAAUCAAGGCAAUCCUGGUGGAAGUAUGAUUGGAGGGAAUGUUGGAAAUGUGCCGGUUGGUGUUGGCGGUGUAGGUGGUGUAGGCGUUGGCCAAAUGGGUCCUGGUGGCGUAAAUGCUGUCAUGGGCAAUAGCAUGCCUAUGGAUCAAUGGGGUGGCGGUAAUCGCUAUCAAGGCAAUGCCAAUCAAGGCAUGCGUCAACCAAGCACAGCCCAGGUUCAAAUGCAGCAGAACGCCAUGCAACCGAAUAUGAUAAGUAUGGUUGGAGCUGGCGGCUCGAGUCAAAUGAUUGGUGGCCCAGUCAGUAAUAUGGGCACUGGCAAUGCUGGUGGCAGUAAUAUGCCUGGUGGUGGUGGCGUUAGCAUGGGAGGUAUGGGCGUUGGCGGCCAGGUAGGUGGUCCAGGUGGCGGCAUUCGACCGCAGGGUGGCCAGCAUGGAGCAGCUGUUGGUAGCGGUCAAACGCUGAACGAAGCCCAGCUUGCGCUUAUUAUGCAAAAGAUUAAAAACAAUCCCUCACAUGACAACCAGCAGAUAUUGCAAGUCCUUAAACGCAAUCCGCAAAUUAUGGCUGCCAUUAUAAAGCAACGCCAACAGAGCCAACCAAACGCUGGAAACGCUGGUGGCGGACCAAAUGGAAAUGGACCGCAACAACAGCAGCAGCAGCAACAACAGCAGCAACAAAUAAUUCAACAAAACCAACAGUUGCAGCAUAUGAUGAGUCAGCAGCAGCAAAUGUCGCAGGCGAAUCAGCAACAGGUGGUAAUGCAGCCGCAACAGCAACAACCAGGGCCGCCACACCAGCGAAUGCCAGGCAUGCAAAACCCGAUGAUGAUGCAACAACAACAGCAAGUUCCUGGUGGCAUGCAGCAGCAAGGACCGAUGCCUAAUGUGCAGUGGUUUAAAGCGCGUCAAAUGCCAAUGCCCAACUACCCGCCUCCUUAUCCGCAACGACAACGUGCACCGCCACAGAUGGGUGGUGGUGGCGGACAACAGUUUGCCGGUGGUAACUUCGGUCCUGGUGGACCAGGUGAUCAGUACGCGGCCGCAGCAGCAGCGAUGCAACAAGGUCUAAAACCACCAACACCGCAACAGCAAAUGGGUGGCAUGUCAGGUGCUGUGCCACAACAACAGCAACAGCAGCAGCAAAUGAUGCAAGGUGGUGGUGUGGUAGGUGGUCCCGGUGUCGGCAUGGUGGGUGGUCCCAAUGUAAUGGGUCCACCAACGCCGCAUACUCUACAACAGCAGCUAAUGCAAACGGCGGCACGUUCGUCACCACCCAUACGUUCGCCGCAGCCAACGCCGUCACCGCGUUCAGCGCCAUCCCCACGUGCUGGCGGUCCAUCGGCAUCGCCACGAGCCCAACCUUCACCACAUCAUGUGAUGAGCCAUUCACCAGCGCCACAAGGUCCGUCACACGACGGCGGCCUACAUAAUCACGUUGGCGGUAUGCAUGCGCCGCACCAAUCACCACUGCCAGGUGGUGUGUCACAGGAUGUAGGUGUAGGAGGUGUUGUCGGAGGUGGAGUGGUCGGCGGUGCCGGUGGCGGCCAAGCCGUUACCGAUGCAUCCGAUCAGCUGACCAAAUUCGUGGAACAGCUCUAGUGUAGCAAUUAGCAGUUGCAGGCACCACCUGCAUUCAACAACAACAGCAACAAAAUGUACCCGCGUUAUUACUGAGACAAACCGAAAUUGAAUAACUACAGGUUUUUCAAUUAUACAAUAUUUUUAACUUUAGUUGAAUUUUUAUAUGCUAUAUAUGUUAAAUAUUUGUGGUACCCACAUUGAGGUUACUGAUUUUCAAAUUACCUACCACUAUAAGUUAGGUUUAUGGAUUAUUCGUUUCUUUGGAUUAUAUGUAGACUUAAUAAUUAAUGAAUCGCGUUUAAAACUUUGUGCAGCAAUUAUCACCUGUUCGAUUGGAACCACAGUUCUUCCAAUCGAUGAGAUGCAUGCAUGUAGCUAGUACUCAAUAUAGACAAAAUCGAUCAAACAAACAGUAUAAUGCAGCUUAGCUACCGCGUGAGAUGAAUGCACACUAAACCCUGUGCGGUUGCGUACAACUAAUACGCGUGUUGUGUUUUUUUUUUUUUUUUUUCUAGAGAAAUUUAUGUUUUCAGGCGUAUUUAGUUUUAUGAAAAAUAUGAAAAGUAGUAAUCUUUAGCUUUUUGUUAAAACCGAAAUUGUGUCGCCUGUUCGAAGGCUGCACCUUCAAAGCAUUGAUUACCAAAUGUAGCGAAACUUAUCGUAUAUGCAACCGGCCCCUUUGUACGCAUUGGAAUUAUCCUUUAUUUAAGUUUUUUUUUUUUGUUUUUUUUUGGUAAUUUUCUGCUUUUAUAGUUAACUUGAUUAUACUCAUUCUUAAAAAGCCGUUGAAUACACUCUGCCACAUGCACAUGCACAUAUAGUAUAUAUAUAGAAAGAUCCAUGAAUGCAAUUUAAAUAAUUAAUAAUCUACCAUAAAUCAUAGUUAUGUACAUGUAAAUUUAAUGUAAGACGUAAAAGUUUAUUUUUAACACAUUGAGAACUGCAAAAGAAUAAACUACAAAAUCAAAACACAAAGUAAUUUUGUAUAAAAAGUAUAAAAGGAAACCAAGAGGGAAUGCAGUUUUUGUAAAUAUACAUAUAUUUUUAACUAAUAACAUUUUUAUUUAAUUAUUAAAUAAAAAGCCACAGAAAAGUUUCAAAAUGGUAAAAAAUGAACAAAUGAUGAAGCAAGCAACAAGUUGCAUGUAUGUAUAUUAUUAGUGUGCACACCUAUAGCAUUUUUGAUUACUAAAUAUUUUAAUAGCCAAGCACUUUUGCAAGAUAAAGUUUCGUAAUUGGGGAAUAAAUUGUGCAUUAAUAAAGUAAUCGCAAAGAAAUUGCCAAGUUCAGCAACGUGCAACUCUGUAUUCCGUUUAAUUUUUGAUUGUUUCUUUGUUUUUUUUUUUUGCAUGCGUCAAAAGUGGAAAGUAAUAAGGCUUGAGCAUAGACAAAAUAAAGUUGAUCUUAAAUGUCAUUAAAUGAUAACAUUUAAGAAUUCACUUUUUCUGGCUACGAUAAUAGGUCAAAUUACGCUGGUUAUGUUCUAUAUAGAUAGAAUAGAGAGGGAUGGUACCGAUCUUAACGCAUUUAUUCUUAAAGUUAAACGCAGUAAUAAAUUGAAAAAGGCAAUGGCUUACAUUAACAACUUAUCGCCAAAUUCCCUAUUUAAAUAUCUAUCAACACUAUUUCUAUUGCUUACUUAGUUUCCCAAUUGAUUCGGUUAAUACCGCAGUUGUGUAUCAUAAAGCGGCUUGAUGCGUACACAUCAUUGCAUACGACAUCCAGUAACAAUAUAAAAUGUGCCUUUUCAGUAUUUAUACUUUUUAUGUUAAUAAUUCAUUAAUUAGUAUGAACUUCAUAAGAAUUUCAGCGAUUCCAAAUUUUCCAUAAAUCGCUACGAAACCGGCGAAGGACAUUUCUUUUCAUAUGCCGACAUAAAAUUCAAGCAUAAAAUACAACUCUUAUUGAUAGCAUGAACUCAAGUGGAUUACUAACUCCAACGUCGUAUGUAUUUGCUUGAGCUCAUUUUUUCAUUACUUACUCUACAGGAUAAUAAUGAAAUCUUAGAUGCCUAUUGAGUAAAUUCUAAAAGGAAAAAAAAGGCUACACAAAAUACCUAAUUGUGAAAAAUUAAAAGAUUAACGAAUCACUACGAAAUUUGAUUGAUUGGAGUACAUAUAAAAUGAAACCAAAACUAAAAGAAAACAAGAUUUUAUUAAAAGAAAAGUGGAAAACAUGCCCAGUAUAUGUUCAAAUACAUAUUUUCACAAAUAAUGGUUUGGUUCAUUAACUCGAACACCGCUCCAAACGCGAGUUUUCAUACAUUUUCUAGACUAAACACCUAAUUUACGCAUACGCAAAUAAAAGCUAUACUAUUAUUUCAGAAAAAACACACAAAAAUAAAAUUAAAAAACAAAAAACCAAAAAAAUAUAUAUGAACUAAGUUAAAUCUGCGCACAUAAUUCUCAUUAAAAAGUGCUCUCGCAACAUGAAGCAUAUAUUACCAUCUUGAAAACAAUAACUUUAAGUAAUUUAAAUCGAGGUUAAGUAACUCUUAUUUUUGUUUUUUUUUUUAUAAAACUUGAACCCCUUAAAAGUUAAAUAUUUCAUAGUUGUAUGUAUGGUAAGUGCUAGUGCACGCAUGCUUAGUUCUAUUUUGUGAUAGCUUUUUAUAUUAUAAUAUUAAUUUUAUAUAAAAUGAGCGCUGUUUAAUUUUUCCUUCAUUUUUGAUAUCUAUAAGUUUUACUUGAAAAUAUGUUAGCAUUUGUAAAAAGUAAUAUACAUAUGUAUGUACAGUAUCUCAACAUAGUAUAUCAACAACAAAGUAAUAUACAUAUGUAUGUACAGUAUCUCAACUCUCAUGCACAGUGCUUGCAACACAAACCCAUACAUAAAUAUACAAGACGCUUCGUUUUUGUAUAUGUGGCUAUGAACGAUUAAUUGGUCUAUACAUACUUACAUAUAAUCAAUUUAUUAUCAGCAGUUGAACAUAAAAUAACGACAAAUUUAGGUUUUUUUUUUUUUUUUUUUUGUUUAAUAAUUUGGCAAAUGUGUGUCAGAUUUGCAUGGGUGUGCGUGUGCGCACACAGAACCGCCCAAGUGUACGCACACACCCCCAUGCGCGUAAAACAAACAUAUUUUCACAUUUCAAUACAACAAAAUUCACCGCUGUGACUCAUACAACAUGUGUAUGUGUAUGCAUAUUCGCCUUAGACACAGUGCGCACGCUUUUAGAUACAUACCAUACAUUUGCAUUCUACACACACAUAUACACGUGCACAGAAAGGAAUACAUUAUUUUGGUAAGGUUAAGGUGUAGGUAGCUACACCGUUCUUCGAUUUUGUGUGCUGCACAAUUUUCGCUCGGUGAAACAUUUGCUGGUCAACCGCCCGCCGCCAACUAACGACAGUUAAAUGAAAAUCGUGACGAAAAUUGUGCAGUGCAUUGAAAAUUACAUAUAACAAAUUUCAAACUAAGUUCUAAAUGAAAACUGCAUUGUACAUAGAACAUAGCGCGUAGAGUAAGAAAAAGAAAAUAAAGAGAAAAAAAAAAACAAAAAACGAAAAAAGAAGCAGCGUAAGUUACUUAUUCAAUCAAUUAAAAAAUCGUAUCGAACUCAAGUUUUUAAUACAUAAAACGCAAUGUUUAUUACAAACAUUUGUAAUAUUCAUAAAUGUACAUACAUAUAUAUAAUCAUACAUAUUAACGUAUACAUACAUACAUACAUACGAUUAGCAAGAUAAUUUAAGUUAAUUUGUAAGCGUAUUGAAAACUAAUGGAAAGCACGUAAAAUUUAUUAACAAUAAAAGAAGUCGUUUUUAAGGGAUAA